AACAGGCCACGCCAAUCUAGCUAGGUUCACAGUACAUGAGCAGCGGGAAGUUGCCACUGCAUAAACGUACUUACACUCUGACAUUGACAAUGGAAGAGGUUGAUCUCUACGAGGACAUCUUCUUGCCAGUGGUUCUAGGUGCACAGAAAGACAGUGAGGAGGAGAACGACGAUGAUGAUGAUCACCCAGUGGAUGUGUCUUCUGCUGAAAUAUUGAAGCUCAAGGAAAUUUCCUCACAGCUAACUGCGCAGAACACUGCCCUAAAGAAGAACAUCUCUUGCCUCUACAAGACGGCCCAACAGGAGCUGGAGAGAAAGGAGAGCUUAAUCGAGAGACUCAUGAAACGGGUCAAAUGGCUGGAGAGGAACUCGGAUUCCCCUAUAUCACAAUCGAGAAAAUUCGAACUUAACAAUGACGCUCACCAACAAUUAGAACAUGUACAAACUGAAGUAGUAAAAAAUCCGGAAAUAUCGCAGAGAAUUCGUAGAGAUGAAAUAAGAAGUGAAAUACGUCCUACGAGUGAAAAGAUCUGUCGACCAAAAAAUAACGAAGAAAAGAGUGAUGACAAUAUUGACAAAAGAGGAGGAUUGCCAACAACAAGAACCAGGAGACAUGUCCCUAAUCAUGUCACAACAUCUACUACAAGAGCUGACGAAAACACACCUCACGCGACUGAUCGACAAAGAAGGAAAAGAUUGCUAACUUCAAGAGAACACAACGAGACAAAACGACACAAGGACAUGAUGCCUACGCGUGAAGGCAGACCUAGAGGCACAUCUCCUGCCCCCCAAAAACUGACUAGAAGCAGAUCUAGAGAUAUUCAUCGUGAUUAUGGACGACACGAGACAAGGCAACGCUAUUCACAUCACCAAAAAGAAAACCGAGAUGAUGCAAGGCUAGAAAGAAGAAGAAGAAAACGUUCUCCAUCUCCUCCACAGUCAUGUGAUGGAGGGGAUCUACGUAAGAUACUCAAACGGAAGCGUUCUAGGCUGGAGCAAACUCCUAAAGCAGACCACACCCCCAAUGACAUAUCCCCCACCGUUGAGAGGGAGCAGGGUUCGUGUUCUUCCACCCCCUCAUAUGGAGAGCUAAUUGAAGAUGAACUACUGGAGCUUGAAUUUGAUGAACCGUACACAAGUAGUGCUGAGCUGUCCUGUCCAUCACCCAGUGAAGAUAAUGAGCAAAUUCGUACUAACAAUGAAGUUGAGUCUGUCACGAGUGAUAGCGCUGAAAGUCAAGACACUAAGACAAACCAAAAUGGAGGUUUCGAUACUGAUGUUGUUGUACAGUCUGCCCCUGUUGAUGAGAAUAAACUAGCUACUGACACUGCUAACACUGCAUAUGAUCAAAGAAUUGAAGAUGAAAACAACACACACUGUGAUGAGAUUGAAAGCACUGUUUGCAAAGAAACCAACACUGAUGAACUUGAGAACCCAAAGACUCCUAGUGAUAGUGAAGAAGAAGAGCUGGAAGAUGGGGAGAUUGAUGAUCCAGAGGAGAUAACAGAACGAGACUCUGCAAUGGACCAUGAAACUAACGAGAAGCACAAAACCCCACAAGAUCCAAGAAAGGUCACUCAUCAACCAAGAGAGCAUAACUCCCGACCCACCCCCCUGGAGCUGUCUGACAGACCCAACAGACACUCGCCCCUUCCCAGGAGACAAGAGCAUCGUUCACGAAAGAGAUUGGACCGUUCAUCAAGAAAGCUGACUGUUCGAAGAGAGCGUGAUGACAUGAGGUCCAGUAGGCAUGGUGACAGCGAUGUGUACUCAAGGAGAGAGAAGAACAAACGUUGAUGUUGUGUGUAUCAUCAUAAUUAUAAUUAUAUGAACCUUGUAAAUUCAUGGAUUAUUUCGUUUCAUAACAUUUUCUUUUUGGUAAAGAUCAUUCAUUCGACUGUUGAUAAAAAAUUAA